AUGGCACAGAACUCGCAGGCACAAAAGCCAAAAUGGGGAGUGGGUUCUUUUUUCCAGCAGGCAGUAGCCGGCGUCGAGUCUCGGCUGGAUCUCAUCUUGAUGGAUGAGGAGGGAAACCAGACCAACUCUACUGCAAAGCCCACUGAAAUUCAGGGCGGAGAUGCACCACUGACAAAGGCUCCUGCUUCUUCGGUAUCCCGCAGUUCAUCGACCGCGCGAAGAAAUGACCGGCUUCAGGAACGUCUAGCCCGAGCUAUGGUGAAACAGAAUGCCUCGAAUCUCUCUUCCCAUUCUCCUCAAAGCCGAGUCUCAUCACCGCCUGCUAGCCCAGUACCUAGCAAUGAACCUCGGUCAAGUAUGGACAUUGAUUCCAGCGUUGCAUCGGUGAAUAGUGCGGUGGAAGACUCCGAGAUCUCGCGACCAAAUGACGACAGCAUUGCAGAUAAAUUAGCCUCACCGAGGAUAAGCUACGACUCCGGAAUAUCACCGCGUGUUUCAACAGACAUCAGCGUCGCAGACUCCGCGCCCAGGAUCUCUGUAGAGGUGGCUCAAUCCUCAACCGACUCGGCCAAAGCCAGUCAAGAAAUUUCGGAUUUGCAACGCAAUUCGGUAUUGAGUGAUAUUGGUUUGGGUGAUAGUCCGCGGGUUAGCGUUGAAUCGCCCGAGGUACCAGAGGAGAAUGAAAACCCGGAUAUCGCUCGUCUGAAGGCUGAACAUAAGACUGCCGAGUCCCAAUGGCAGGAAGAAAUGCAUGGUUAUAUUGAACGUAUUGAUGCAUUACAGUCGAAAUUGAAAUACCUCGCUAAGGAUGCUGCGGAAUCGGCUAAAAAUGCAGCAGCAAAUGCUACCCCGGGGAGUGCGCAAAAACAACUCCUAGAGAAAGAUGAGAAGAUCGCAUUGCUUCUAGAGGAAGGGCAGAAGCUGUCUAAGUCGGAAAUGGACCACCGAACGGUAAUCAAGAAAUUGCGCCAGCAACUUACUGAAAACACCAAAUCUCAGAUUGAAAUGAAGAGAAAGACGGACAAGCUUGAGCGAGACUUAGUCAACUCCGAAGCAAGAGCCAAGCGGGCAGAGGCCGCAGAGAAGAGGGCAACCGAGUCUUUGUCAUCUCAGACCAAGUCGACUAAGGACUUAGAAGCUGUUACCAAUGAACGCAAUGCGCUCAGCCAGACUGUGCAAGAGAUGAAAUCGCAAUUGAGUCGGGCCGUUUCCCGUGCCGAAACCGCCGAGACAAAAGCGAAUUCUGACGCUCUAGAGCUGGAGAGGCAGCGGGCGACAGAACUAGACGAGGAGCUAUGCAAUUUGAAGAUCGAGCGCGACAUCACUGAAGAGAAAUCCAAGAGGGAAAUUACUGAGUUGAAGGAGAAGGUGGAGCAAGAGAAAGAGAGGGCCCGAAUGCUCGAGGCUGAAUUGAAAGGCGAACAGUCUGUCUUGGAAAGUAAGAUGGAAACUCUUCGCUCCCGCGCAGAGGAAGCUUCAUCGGGGGCAACUGGAGAGACCCAAGCCAAACUUCUCCGUCAGAUCGAGACCUUGCAAACACAAUAUGCUGCUGCAAGUGGAAAUUGGCAUACACUAGAAGGAUCUUUGCUAUCACGUCUGGCUAGCGUAGAGAAAGAACGCGAUGAUGCUGGGCGACGUGAGGCUGACCUUCGCAAGAAGAUUCGAGAGAUGAACCAGAAAUUAAAGAAGUUCGAAGAGGAACUAGAUAACGCCAAAGAAGCCGAGCACGAUUUGAGCAGCAAGCUCGAGGAACGCAUGGAAGAGCUGCAGAAGCUGCAACACAAACUCGAGAAAGCGACAGAGGCCCUCGCCUCAACGCAAAAGGACAUGGCCGAGCAGAAGAAAACAUGCGACUCAACUUGGGCGCAGAAGCUCGAGGAGGAGCGGGCCAAGUGGAGAGAGCAAGUGAAUUCCCCGUCGCAACUACGCGGAGUAUCACCUGUUGCAUCUUUACGGCGUUCGAGCACUCUCGACGCCGCCAUGACCCCAGGGCCAUCGGACUUCCGCCCUCCUAGCCGGCGCUCAUCUACUAUGGCUUUCACCUCACCGGAAAUUGGUACGCCGCCUCGCCAAAACUCCUACCCUGCUUCAAUCACCCAAGCCACGCUCUCUCCCCCACACAUCAACACCAAUCCGUCAUUCAUGGCAGCGCCCUCCAUCACCUUUGAGCCGGAGGAGUAUUUUGAAUCUGGCACUCCUGUCACUCCUUCGGCGUACGGCGGCACCCAUGCACCUCCAUCCCGCGGUAUCAACGACAUAAUUUCCGAGUCAACUGUCGGCGCGGGCCCUUCUGUGCAGCUGGUCGAGCGCAUGAGUGCCACGGUCCGCCGCCUAGAGAGCGAGCGCGCCGGCUCCAAGGACGAGCUGGCCCGCGUGACGACCCAGCGCGACGAGGCCCGGCAACAGGUUGUGGACCUUAUGCGUGAGCUCGAAGAGAAGCAGCUCUCGUAUUCCCGCGUGGAGGAGCUCGAAGCUGAACUUGAAGACCUUGAUCAGCGCUACCAGACCACUCUUGAGAUGCUGGGUGAGAAGAGCGAGCAGGUUGACGAACUUAACGCUGAUAUUGCCGAUCUCAAGAAGAUAUACCGCGAGCUAGUUGACAGUACUAUGAAAUGA